UUUCACUACUGAAAUGCUGACUAAUCAUAAAUGAUGCAACCAGUAAAGUUUCUAGAGAUCAACACACACACACUGUCUGUACAGUCAUAGAUAGUAGAGUAGUUCAUCAAGUCGUCACUAUCAGUAUCAUGCCACCAAAGUUCAAGAGAGGUCCAGACAAUGGCAGGGACAGGAUCCACUUGUUAGGACUGGACUCAUCAGAUGAGGAGGAGGAGGAACUGUUUAUCAACAGCUCACCUGACAAGGCUCACACUUCAUCCAGAGAAGCACAAGACCCCAAGAUCAGACAUGUCCAGAGCCAGGUAUCUGGAGUCAUUAGCAUCAUGAAGGAGAACAUCAGUAAGGUGAUGGACAGAGGAGAGAAGUUAGAGUCCCUAGAGGAGAAGUCAGAGGGACUAUCUGAAAGUUCAUCUCAUUUCAGACACAGUUCGCGGAGGUUACAAAGAAAGGCAUGGUGGCAGCAGUGUCGACUAAAGCUCAUUGUAGCAGCAGUCAUACUAGCAGUGGUCAUCGGUGUCAUAGUUAUUAUUGUUGUCAAGACUCAACCAUCAAACUGACUUAUAUAGGAUAUAAUUAUUUCAAUUAUUGUUCACUGUACGUGUGGUUGUGUGUUUAAUUUAUGGAUUUGUUCUGGCACCAUUAUUCUAAUUGUUUGAGCACUAUA